AAAGAGAAAACGUGUCCUAGCAUGAAUGGCAUUACAGGCACUGUUCUGAUAAUAGUGGCUGACAGCAGAAGCUCCUAAACUCAAACAUUUAUUUAACUUGUUCUAAAUCACAGGAAAUCUUCUUCCAUCUCCAGGCCACUUCUGCCGUUCUUGUAGGAGGGGCAAGUAUUCUCUUGACCAGAGCUUCCAAAAGAUGUCAGAGAUAUACUGCACCUGCCUCCAUCUUCGUUUGCAGUACAGAUCCUCCUUCUGAAAGAUUCCCGGAGGAAGUGCUGGCUUUCCCUUGAGCAGAAGAAGAUGAUUCGGCGUCAGUGGCUCGAGGUCAUCGACAUCAUCCAAUGACUUGGAAAUCUGUAAACACUCCAAGAGUCUUACAGGCAUCAUGACUCUCCUUUAUAUUUCCAUCUUAUGUUUCGCUGCCUGUGUGGGCUCCAUCAGUGCAGGUGAUCACGUUACUGUAUCAGCUAAAGUGGGUUCCACAGUCUCCCUGCCAUGUAAACUGAAGAAUGCGUUCACAGAAACAUCACUGAUUCGGUGGCACGUCGAUAAUGUGCUUGUGUUUGAGCGAAGCAGUAACGGUACAGCAGAAGGUUCAGGAUAUGAGGGACGUGUGGAUGUUCCUAAGGAUGAGCUGCUUAAAGGAAACUGCUCUCUGGUGUUGAAGAACGUCAGAAUCACUGAUGACAAUUUCUACAAAUCUUUUGUGGUGGAACAUGUGGACAAAAAUGACAGAUCCUCAGCAAAAGAACUCAGCAGUGUUCAACUCUCAAUUUACAUGCAGCUCAUAUCAGCUCGAGUGGGUUCCACAGCUGUCCUGCCAUGUGAAUGGAGAGAUCUGUCCAUCCAAACACCUUAUGUUGAGUGGUAUAUCGAUUCUGAGGUGUUGUUUGAGCGAAUGGGUAAAGAGUCAUUUUCAGGUGAAGGAUAUGAGGGUCGUGUGGACGUUCCUGAGGACGAGCUGCGUAAAGGAAACUGUUCUCUGGUGCUGAGGAACGUCAGUGUUACUGAUGAAGCCAUCUACAGAAGCUUCAUGCUUGUGGAACACAAAAAGAAAUCUGUUUUGAUCCAGAAAGUUAAACUCUCAGUCUCUGAAAAACCUGAAGAGAGUAAAAAAGACCCACAAUCUAAAUCAGGUGAAGCUGGAAUAAACUGCCCUCGCCUGCUGAUCCUCAUCGUUUCCCUCCUUGUGUGUUUUCUUUUCUCGCAUUGAGGAAACAUCAGUGUGAUCUCUCUGAGUACAGAGAUGUCUCUGAGCCCAACAGAGCCACAGUACAGAAUCAACUCAGUUAGGAAAAAGGAAAAAGAAACAAGGAAGAUUUCAGUGUAUGUUUUCUACAUUUUUAACAGCCAUACCUCUGUGAGGUCCAUGAGGACAUUCCUGUUUGAUCUCCACAUAAAGCUGUGAAGCUGAAACAUUACAAUAUCAGCACAUGAGAGAGACUCGGUUUGAUCAAGAGCUUUAUACAAAUCAGAGCUCGUAACAGGUGCUGGCUUCCCCUUCCUACUUUAUCUAUUCUUUAAUCCAGUAUCUAGCUUAUGUGUUUUAGUGGAGGUGUCUACAUUUGUUGUUGAUUUGUUUUGUCUAUGGUUGUUUGUCUCUGUGUGCACAUGGAACAAUCUGCAUGAUUGGUCACGUGACUUCCGGGUCUCGAGCGGUGCGCCUAAACGGCUGCAUACGUUAAAUUUUUUAAUUUUUUAUUUGAAUAACUGUUUUUUGUUUGUUUUUAUAGUUAUUAAGGCUUUAGUAAUGACUUUGGUUUACUCGAAACCGGCUUUACUAGCCAUUUUACGAUUGCGAUGUUCGCCAAGGAAGCCACUUAACCGACAACUAUGGAAGUUACUAAUUCAACUUGGGAUAUCGAAAUACAGGUCGACGCGCCAGGGGUGCAGAGGAGGAUUAACCCUUGUAAUGUGUUAGAAAGCUGUUCACAUCUGUAGUGUUAGCGGGUCAAAUUUGACCCGUGAUUUAAAUCAGCCUGAAAAUGCUUAAAAUCGAUGGUUACGUAUGUAACCGCGGUUCUAUGAAUUUCGGAUGACUGCCAGAGGUGGUGCUGUAAGCACCUGGAUGUCCAUCAUCAUGCGCAUGCAGUUCGAGUGUGUGUAUACCAACAAGGUCGCUUGCAACAGGGGGUGACGUAUGUCACUGCACCGGUACUUAAGGUGCGUUCACCCCGGAAGCAUUCUCUUCAUAGAACCGCGGUUACAUACGUAACCAUCGUUCUAUUUCAUUUCUCCUGACCGCCAGAGGCGGUGCUGUAAGCACCUGGAUGAUUUAUACCAACAGGGUCACGAGGAAGACCUAUUUACCCUACGAAUGGUUGGAAAGGGUGGCUGUGGCCAGUGGAUUGUGCAUGGCCACAUUAACCCUAUAAAACCUUGCAAACGUGCAGGUUGAGACCCAUGAGGCAGCGGCGCAGAUAUCAGAGAGUGGAACUCCAUGUAAAGCCGCCCAUGAUGUAGCCACACUCCGAGUGGAGUGGCCUCGGAUGUGGGGAGGGACCGGGAGGCUGCUGCUAGUGUAGGCAUGGCUAAUGACCUCCACGAUCCAGUUUGAUAUUCUCUGUUUGGACAGCGCGUGGCCACGCCUAUGUCGAGUGUGACACACAAACUGUGCAUCCGACUGUCGUAAUGCAGCAGUCGCUUCAAUGUAUGUCCUCAGUGCUUGAACUGGGCAAAGAAGGACAUGAUCUUGGCCCUGCACAUUCUCCUCAGGUGGUGGUCUGAAGGCUUCUAGGCUGAGGGGCUGAUUGGUGUGGGAAGAGGAGAAGUUCUUGGGCAGAAAUGAAGGGUUAGGCCACAAUGUUACACCCGUGCCAUCGGGCUCCAUUGUAAGCACUCCCAGCCGAUAGACAGGGCGUGUAGCUCACCCGCUCUCUUAGCAUUCCUUUUAGCUAUGACGUCGGCUGUCUUUAAAGAUAGCCACUUGAGCUCCGUCCCCUGUAGGGGCUCAAAUGCAGGUUUACACAGUGCACUUAAAACCAGAGGCAAGUCCCAAGCUGGUCUUGGACUGCGUUGAGGGGGUCUUAUGCUCUGAGCACCUUUAAGAAAGUGGCUCACCCAUGUGUGGGAUCCCAUAGUCAGCCCGUCUACCCUGUUGUGCAUUGCGGAUAUAGCCGCUACAUACACCUUGAUGGUGGAGGGUGCAAGGCCCUCAUCCAGAUGAGACUGUAAAAAGCUGAGAAUCCCCGGUAUCGAGCAACAUGCCGGUUCCUGAUGGCGUGCUUGGCACCAACUUACAAAGAGCUUCCACCUAUUGGCAUAGAGCGCAUUGGUGGAAGGUGCGCGGGAACACUGGAUGGUCCGCACAAUGGUCGACUCACAUUUUGCUAGCAGUGGGUCGGGCCCUUCAGAGGCCACACCCACAGCUGCAACCGUACUGGGUUCGGAUGCCAAAUUUGACCUUCCAUCUGUGAGAGGAGGUCCAUCCGUGCAGGGAGACACCAAGGCUCCUUGUGCAGCAACCCAUACAGGGUAGGAAACCAGACUCUCCCCGGCCCAUAGGGGGCUAUCAACAGCACCCUGUGACCCUCCUUGAGGAUCCUCUCGAGAGUGGGCAGAAUUAGCGGGAGUGGUGGGAAAGCAUAUAGGAGCUGCUGUGGCCACUCGUGUGCCAGUGCAUCUUGGCCCAAGGGGCUUGACGUUUCUUUCAGUGUAAACCACAGGGGACAAUGUGUCGUGGCCUGGGAGGCGAAAAGGUCCACCUCUGUCCUGCCGUAUUGCAGCCAAAUACUCUGCACCACUUCCGGGUGCAGCUUCCACUCCCCUGGAUCAGGGUUCUGUUGUGACAGAAGAUCCGCAGCAGUGUUCCUCACUCCUGGUGAAUGCAUUGCCCUCAGGCUCACCAGACGAGGGUAAGCCCAUGUCAGUAGGUGUCGAGUGAGCUUUCAGGGAAGGUAGUGACCCGGUGCCGCCUUGGUGGUUUAUAUGAUAGACCACAGAUGUAUUGUCGGUCUUUAUAAGGACAUGCCGACCCGCUAAAACCGGACGGAAAAUGUUUCAGGGCGAGGAAACGGCCCACAGCUCUAACACAUUGAUGUGUUGUCCCUGCUGUUGUGGGGCCCAUACGCCCUGCACUGCCACACUGUGCCCCAGUCGAUCAGUGAUGCAUCGGUGGCGACUACUUCUCUGCGAGAGGGUAUGGACGUAGACAUGAGGAGCAACUGGCCGUGAUUCUGACUGGCCUGUGCCUGUGAUGUUGUGGAUGUAACCCAAGGCUGUUCAUCCAGAUUUGUAGAGGCCUGAGUGUGAGGAGGCCCAACGGAACUACCGACGAGGCCGUGGUGAGUAUACCUAGUAGUGUCCGGAAAGACCUGAAGGUCAGGGUUUGUCCCUUCCUGAAGCAAUGUAGCCGUUGGACAAUAUCGCUCACCCGUCGCUAAGACAGGGUUGCCUUCAACAGCUGAGAAUCCAGCUGAAGGCCAAGAAAAAACAGUCUUCUGGCUGGGUGUAAGGGAGCUCUUGGCGUGGUUCAUCCUGAGCCCAAGUUUGAUGAUGUGAGAAACCAGCACGGCUGGGUUGCUGAGCGCGUCUACCCUUGACUGAGAACCAAUCAACCAGUCAUCCAGGUAGGGGGAGGAUACGCAGUCCCCUGCUCUGAAGUAGGGACAGUGCUGCUGCGACGAAUCUCAUAAAGAUUCUGGGAAGUAUGCAUCCUUCAGAUCGAUGGUUGUGAACCAAUUGUCCCAUCUGAUGCUGUUUAAAACAUCGGAUGUGCGCAGCAUACGGAAUUUGAAGACCUUGAGAUGGUCGUUCAAAUGUCUCAGAUCCAGUAUGGGGCGAAGCCCACCCCCUUUUUUUUUUGGGAUGAUGAAAUAGGUGGAAUAAAACCCACUGUUUUGUGAAGGUGGAUCUAAUGGCUCGAUGGCCCCCUUUUCCAGGAGGGUCAAGACCUCCUGGCGUACUGCCAGAGCUUUCAUUUUGACCUCUUGAAAUCUCAGCGAUUGUCAUCUGAAUUGUAUGCUGUAACCCUGAGAGAGGGUGGAUAUAAUCCAGGGGUCUGAUGUUACCACUUCCCAGUAGGCAAGUUGUUGACUGGUGAAGUGUCCGACCAUCGGAGUGGAGUAGUCAACGUCUGCCUCCACGCCCCCUACGGGGGGGGGGGGUGUACCCCGAUGUGCCUGUGCGGCACCAAAGAGCUGUCCCGGAAUCACUGGGAGAGUGCGGAGGGCCCUCCUGCAGGUAUCUGAGAGUGGUGACUGAGCCAACCAUAUCUGACGCCUGGCGAGAGUUAAAGAUGACAUUAGUCUGCCCAGCUCCCUGGACAUGAAAGCAAAUGCCUGCAGCGAGGCCUCGCUUAGGCUUUGCAGUGAUGGGUCUGCUCUAGGGGUGCAACGAUUCACCGAUGCAUCGAUGCAUCGCGAUACUUUCUCCACGAUACGAUAUGUAUCGCUGGCCAAAAUGAAUCGUGAUACACGACGAUACUAACUCAUUUUCUGCAUGUAGAGACUAUAUUAUACUCAAAACAAUUAUAGUCGGGCGUGAUCGUCGAAAUGACACGAAAGGUGGGUAUUUAUUUGGAAACAUUUGGGAAAUUGACAUAUGCCGCUCUCGUCAUUUCGAACACGGUAACAAUUAAGUCCUGCAAUCAAUUUAUCAUACACCGUACUCACACACGGACUGGCCAUCGGGAGUAGCGGGAGUUUUCCCGGUGGGCUGGUGGUUCAGUGUGGGCCG